GAUGAGAACCCAAAUUAACUCUAAACUGUGAAUAAGCCAAAGUCUCAUGCAAACAAACCCUAUAAAUACCCUUCCAUCCACUCUACAACUCCACAUCCCUUGCUUCUACUUCUACUCUUACUACUACUAGUAUAGCCACAAUGGCUAAAAACACAAAGCUUGUGGUUCUUGGCUUCAUACUUCUCCUAGCCAUAGGUCUAUCCUCUGCAGCGAGGACCUUGAGUGAGGGUUACACGUCCGGUGGAGGUGGAGGUGGAGGAGGUGAAGGUGGAGGAGGAGGUGGAGGUGAAGGUGGUGGUGGAUCUGGCUAUGGAUCUGGGUCUGGAUAUGGGUCUGGGGGUGGUGAAGGUGGAGGAGGAUAUGGGAAAGGAGGUGGUGGUGGAGGUGGAGGUGGACAAGGUGGUGGCGGUGGAUCAGGAUCAGGCUCAGGAUCUGGAUAUGGGUCUGGAUCAGGAUCCGGAUAUGGAUCCGGUGGUGGGGGUGGUAAAGGUGGUGGUGGUGGUGGUGGUUCUGGUGGAGGUGGUGGUGGUGGUUCUGGCGGAGGACAUGGUGGUGGAAGUGGAUAUGGGUCUGGGUCUGGUUAUGGACAAGGAGGUGGAGGAGGGCAUGGAGGUGGAGGUGGAGGUGGAGGAGGACAUGGUGGUGGAGGUGGUGGAGGAAGAGGAUCUGGUUCAGGAUCUGGGUAUGGUGAGGGUGGGGGAUAUGGGAGUGGAGGUGGACAUGGACAUCUUUAGAGAAAGCAUGAGUAGAUCCAUCACUUCAUGGAUGAGAAAAAGCACUAGGAUGAACAGCUCCAUGGAUUGAUAAGUUAAGCAGUAGUGCAUGGUUUGUGUGAUAUAUAUAUAUCAUCAUAAGAUCAAAGUAUCAUCAUGUAGCAUGAGAUUAUGUUUAUGUAAUAUAAGAAAUAAAACUACUGCUUUUAGUUAUA